UUUCUGACGUGGUGAGUGCUCGAUUGAACACUUUUCUGUGUAAGAGUAUGCAAUAUACGUUUCGUCAGCACAACGGUACCGACAAACAAUACAGAAUAACACAUCAUCUAGCCAACAAAAUUUUUGUCUCUUCAGUAAAAUCGACAUUUUAUUUGAAGCACACGAAUUUAUAAACGUUUAAAUGAUGGGGACUUUUGAUCAAUUUAGCUUAGGCUCCUUAUUUAAAGAUGUUCAACGUAUGGAUAAACGACAACAUUUAUACCAAUUCCUGAGUUUUGGUAUGAUUGUUUCGUCAGCGUUGAUGAUCUGGAAAGGUUUAAUGGUUGUGACGGGCAGUGAAUCACCAAUUGUUGUCGUAUUGAGUGGUAGUAUGGAGCCGGCAUUCCAUCGUGGCGAUCUUUUGUUCCUGACCAAUUUCCGUGAAGAGCCCGUACGUGUCGGUGACAUUGUUGUAUUCAAAGUUGAAGGCAGAGACAUUCCAAUCGUUCAUCGAGUCAUUAAAUUACAUGAAAAAGAAAAUGGUACGGUCAAAUUCCUGACGAAAGGCGAUAAUAACUCAGUUGAUGAUAGAGGAUUGUAUGCUCCCGGUCAAUUGUGGCUAACAAAGAAUGAUAUCGUUGGUCGGGCCAGGGGUGUUUUACCGUACGUUGGUAUGAUUACGAUAUACAUGAAUGAGUAUCCGAACUUCAAGUAUCUCAUAUUGGGAAUUUUGGCGCUUUAUGUUCUCUUGCAUAGAGAGAGUGAUUAGAUCCAUGCUCAAUCAAAGAAAAGUUCAAUCAAUACACACACAUACACUUAUUUUUUUAUUUUGGUCCAAUUCAUCACAAAGUCAACGCCAAUCGACAUGUGGCUUAUACAGUAAAGAACAUAUGAUAACUAAACCAUUUUCAGCGAUAGACUUAAUACACAAACCAAUUUUAAAAGAGAGAAAAAAUGGAAGCAACGGAAAAUAAGUAAAGAAAAAGAUGGAAUGCAUUUAAAAAAAAAAAAAAACAUAAACAAGAA